AUGUUCAAAAAGCACAUCUUCGACGCUGUGGAUGCCAGCAUUGCCCGCCUAGGUACUUAUAUUGAUAUUAUCCAAACUCACUGUCUUGACCGCGAAGUGUCACUCGAAGAAACCAUGAAUGCCUUCAAUGACAUCAUCGAGAGUGCCAAAGCUAGAUAUAUAGGUGGUAGCUCUAUGGCAGCCUGGGAGUUCCAAAUGGCGCAAAAUGUAUCCGAAAAACACAACUGGCAUAAGUUCAUCUCAAUGCAAGGCUUCUACAAUCUGCUCUACCGCAAAGAGGAGCGCGAGAUGAACGCAUAUUGCAAAGCAGCUAAUAUUGGCCUUUUUCCUUGGUCGCCGCUCGCCGCCGGCGUGCUCGCCCACUCCUGGGAAGAUCGCACUGAUGAACGUGAGAAGAGUGAUGUCUUCUUGAAGUUACUCUUCCGUGGCAAGCGUCUUGAGGCCGAUCAAGAAAUUGUACGAAGGGUGGAAGAAUUGGCUGGUAAGAGGGGUAUCAGCAUGGCCAUCAUUGCGAUUGCUUGGAUUUUAUCAAAGGGAGGAAUGGCGCCUGUCUGUGGAUUGUACAACAAACAGCAGGUGGAUGAUAUUGUGAAGGCUUUAAGUGUUCAACUUACCGAGCAGGAAAGCAAAUAUUUGGAGGAGGCUUAUGUUCCAAAGCCCGUUAUGGGCUACUGA